UAACUCUCAUUCAAACUUUUACUACGAGCUGAAUAGUACUAGUAAACGGCACAAUUACUAUUAUCUUAAAAUGGCAGAUGCAGACCCCGUCGCAGAUGUACCAGUCGCCAAGGCUGCAAAGGUAAAAACACCCAAGAAGAGGGCACCAGCUGGAAAAGGAACCAAGAAACCGUCGAACCACCCUAAAUACAGUGACAUGGUUAGAGAAGCUAUUUCUACAUUGAAAGAACGAGGUGGUUCAUCAAGACAAGCCAUCUUGAAAUACAUCGUGCGUAAUUUCAACGUUGGCAAAGAAGAGAAAACUGUCAACAAUCAUCUGAAACUAGCCUUGAAAGCUGGAGUUAAAAAUGGUAAAUUGAAGCAAUCCAAAGGAACUGGUGCUUCUGGAUCUUUCAGACUUGGUGAUUCCAACAAAGCUGAGAAGAAACCAAAAGCCAAAGUCGCCAAGAAGAAGCCAGCCGCUGCUAAGGCCACAAAAGCUAAAAGCCCAAAGAAAGUCAAAGCAAAGAAACCAGCAGCAGAAAAGAAAGCUAAAUCACCUAAAAAAGUGAAAAAACCAAAAGCUGCCAAGAAAUCUCCUGCUAAAGCAAAGAAGGCCGCUAAACCUAAAGCCGCUAAGCCAAAAGCUAAGAAAGCCGCCAAGAAAACACCCAAAAAGGCAGCAAAGAAAUAAACUAACUUUUAAUCGGAAGAAAGAAAAGUGAACGUUUUAUGAAUCUGGACAUGUGAAAUAACGGACAUGGAUUUAAUUGCGACGGGUAUAUCAUUAACAUUAUUAGUAAAAUCAUCUCAUUUGUGCUCUCUGAACAAUGGUUGAAGUUUCAAGUGCUUGUUUUGGAUUGUUAGAGAAUUGUUUCAGUAUCUGAGACGUUCUAUUUGUUAGUUUAAGACAUUAAGUUGUUCUAUCAUUUUUAUCAUAUAGACAAUUAGUCGUGAUUGACUUUAAACUAUCAAAUCAUCUUGUAAAUAUAUCAUCAUCGUGCAAUGGAUUUCAUUUUUGUCAAUAUUUAUAUUGGUAUGCAUUUCAUACUCAUUUAACAUUAUGUAUAUUAUGUCAUAUUCAUUACUGAUAAAAUAAAAUUACGAAAACCCUAAAA